AUGCAGCCGUCUCCAGAGAGUGACACCGAGCCACUUUCGGAGCGGAAAACUCGUACUUUUCCAAAGCGUGGCAUCACUGGGGUCGACAACGUCAACUCAAAUGAGUUGUCACAGCGCCUCUGUUCCAGUUGUCCGUCGAGAGCGGGACAUGAGAGUCUUUCUACUUUAUCGAAAUCUGUUCCAAAUGGCGGGGAUUAUGACGUACAGUGGCAUGGGUUUCGGGAUUCGAAUACGCGGGGGGGCUCAGAAGGAGGAAAGGAUUUCCGGGACCAUCUCAACAAACGAGAUCGUUUAAGUAGCACGCGGAUAAAUAGUCCGAUUUUCCUCAGUUCUGGCCGUACUUCUGUGAAGCACAGAGCUGAAGAGAGUGACUCUCCCAGCAAACGCAACGAAGAUGCUGUUUGGCUAUUGAAUCGGAGGAACGAUAGACAACAUCUCCGUCUCAUGUCUCAGGAGGCUGUAUAUUUGGUGAUUGACAAAGAUGCUGUGCCGGUGAAUGCCCGUGACCUGGUUCUCCGAUGGUCAUGGGUUUUCCGCGGUCCUCACUUUUCUCCGUUGGGGACAGAAAAUCGUCCCUUGAUUCAGGGUUGGAUUUGGAAAUUGAAGAGAAAAACAGAUUCAAUUGCUUGCUCUUUGGCGCUGGCAACACGAGCAAGCCGGAUCCCGUACGUCGGUCGCCACUUGGUUGCGAACAAACGGUUCAUAACCAUCGACAUCGAGAAUCGAGUGUUCUACUACCGUAAAGGCAACCGAAGCUACAGUAUGCCGUUCUAUUUUGAUGACAUUGUGUCUGUUGACAUAUCCGAGCUAACGUGGGCAAAGGAGUUCGGUUUCUGCGGCAUUCACAUCCGGCACGACACACCCGAAAGGAGCGUUUGCUUCUGUGUCCAGACAAAGGCGGCAUUCCACACUUGGCUCUAUGCAUUUCUCCUUGCGUGCAAUACCCAAAUUGCUCUUCCUUAUCCACCUAUGCUCCCGCAUGAAGCUGGAGAUGUGCGUGUUUCCGGUCAGAACAUCUUUGGUGAGUGCUUGAGCCAGCGACCGUCCACAUCGUUCGCUUGUGCUUUGCUGCUGCAGACGAGCUCAAGUGACCGGCAAAGCAAGGGGAGAAAGCGAGGAAUAUGUCAGGUGUUUGUGAAGUUCUGGCGCCUAACAAUCUCGCCAAUCUUUGUGAAGAAGUCACGGGGAAAGAAGCGGACACAAGAUACCGAAGGUUCUGAAGAGUUCGUAGCUGAGCAUUGUAACGAAGUGAACCAAAUAAGUUGCACUGAAGACAAGUUGUAUGUGAAUGAACUUCACUCACUCCGGCCACCAGUUCCGACCGUAACUGAUGAGGCGCCACCAGGGCCGCUGUCAAUGAAGUCGAUGACAUUUGUCUGUGCCUUGUCCAGUUAUUGUCGCCCGACAGGCUUUGAACAUGUGCGAUCGCCGAAGUUGCUUGACAGGGAACAGUUUGGAAAUGAGAACUCGGGCAAACUUGCCCGGUGUCUCAGUGACUCCUUUCCACGGAAGGGAUCCCAUCUUUGGCCAUAUUUCUUGGAUGCAAGUGCGCGUGAUCAACAACGACUUCCAUUGCAAAGUUGUUGCUCGCCGCCAUCGCGGCAGAAACGAAAUGAGGUUGUGCUUUUGACAGAGCCUCCCGCUCAGUUUUCAGGGGAGAGUCUCAGUCGCUAUGACGACGAAACACAUCUGGACGAAGGCAUAACCGAGCGACAAAGUGUAGGGAUAAAUGAUCGCUCGGACACGUGCUUGUCGCAUGAAUUGAUACAAGAUUCUGCGCGUUCGCCCCGACGGCCCUGCGCAGAUGUUUCCGGUAACCAAAACGCUUCAGCGAGUAGUGCAGAAACAAAUGAAGGAUCGUGCACCGAGCCGACAGUUGAUUCGUUCGUAUUUGGGGAGAGAUUCAAGUCAAUCACCGUGCCACUCCGGGCGAAUUCGAAAGAACGAAGCGGCGACACUGAUGAUUCCUAUGUCUCUGUGACACCUGCGGAAUCUGACGAGUCAUGGGUCACUUCUCUCGAGCACUAA